ACCGCGAAGAGCCUCACUGCCCAUUAUGGCCACAGCCUGGGCGUUUUUGACCUGGACGCUUGUCUCCGCCAUGUUUGUGGGCAACCUUCCUGGUUACACGUUCCAGUCUCAAGAGGAAUUCCUCUCCAGCCUGGACCACUAUGAAAUCGCCUUUCCAGUCCAGGUGGACCAGAAUGGGGACUUUCUCAGCUUUGACAUUAAAAGCCAAUGGAAACGGAGGUCUCGCCGAAGUAUGGACCAUCCAGCCUAUGACUCCCCCGAACAGAAAGUCUUCUACAAAGUCUCUGCCCACCGGACUCAGUUUCUCCUCAACCUGACGUUGCACACCAACCUGCUGACAGAGCGUUUCCGAGUCGAGUACUGGAAACGAGAUGGGAUAGAUCAGCAGCAUGAAUUCCAUGAAGACUGCCACUACUCUGGGCACUUACAAGAUGAGUACCUGAACUCAAAAGUUGCCAUCAGUAACUGCAACGGACUGCAUGGAGUGAUCAUUGCGGAUGACGAGGAGUACUUCAUCGAACCACUCACCUCCGGCGGCAACAUCAGCGGUGGACGAGAAAGUGAAGGGAGCCCCCACGUGGUGUAUAAACGCUCUUCUCUCCAGCCCCCCCACAUGGACGCAGCCUGUGGCGUGUUAGAUGAGAAACCGUGGAAAGGUCGUCCGUGGUGGCUGCGGAUGCUGAAACCCUCCCCUGCGAAGACGCUGGGCAACUUCACACAACGGGGACAGCUGCCUCUGAAGAGGUCGGUCAGUUCUGAGCGUUACGUGGAGACCCUCGUGGUGGCUGACAAGAUGAUGGUGGGCUACCACGGCCGGCGGGACAUUGAGCAGUACAUCCUGGCCAUCAUGAAUAUUGUUGCUAAACUUUUCCAAGACUCAAGUCUGGGCAAUAUUGUGAACAUCCUCGUCACACGCCUCAUCCUGCUCACGGAGGACCAGCCAACCCUGGAGAUCAACCACCAUGCCGGAAAGUCCCUCGACAGCUUUUGCAAGUGGCAGAAAUCCAUUGUGAACCACAAUGGCAACGGCAACGCCAUUCCGGACAAUGGCAUAGCCAACCAUGAUACCGCCGUUUUGAUCACCAGGUAUGAUAUCUGCAUCUACAAAAACAAACCGUGUGGCACUCUAGGGUUGGCCCCCGUGGGUGGCAUGUGUGAGCGCGAGAGGAGCUGCAGCAUCAACGAAGACCUGGGCUUAGCCACUGCCUUCACCAUCGCCCACGAAAUCGGACACACUUUCGGCAUGAAUCAUGAUGGUGUCGGAAACAGUUGUGGCUCCCGGGACCAGGAGACAGCCAAGCUCAUGGCCGCCCACAUCACCAUGAAGACCAACCCCUUUGUGUGGUCCUCCUGCAGCCGGGAUUAUAUUACCAGCUUCCUGGACUCUGGAUUGGGGCUCUGUCUGAACAACGCUCCGCUCAAGCAAGACUUCAUCUACCCAACCGUGGCUCCGGGGCAAGCCUAUGAUGCCGACGAGCAGUGCCGCUUUCAGUACGGAGUUAAAUCUCGCCAGUGUAAAUAUGGGGAAGUUUGCAACGAACUCUGGUGCCUUAGCAAGAGCAAUCAGUGCAUCACCAACAGCAUCCCAGCCGCAGAAGGAACCCUUUGCCAAACCAACACCAUUGAAAAGGGGUGGUGCUACAAGCGGGAGUGUGUGCCUUUUGGCACACGGCCGGAGGGCGUCGACGGAGCGUGGGGGACGUGGUCGUCGUGGGGAGAGUGCAGCCGGACGUGCGGGGGAGGCGUCUCUUCCUCCAUCCGCCAGUGCGACAGCCCGCGGCCGACCAUCGGGGGAAAGUACUGCUUGGGGGAACGGAAGCGCUAUCGGUCAUGUAACACUGACGACUGCCCUCCAGGCUCACAAGAUUUCAGAGAACUUCAGUGUGCCGAAUUUGAUCACAUCCCCUUCCGAGGCAAAUAUUACACCUGGAAAACAUAUCGCGGAGGUGGGGUUAAGUCCUGUUCUCUCAACUGCUUGGCUGAAGGCUUCAACUUCUAUACGGAGAGAGCAGCGGCCGUGGUGGAUGGCACCCCUUGCCGACAGGACUCUAACGACAUAUGUGUUGGUGGAGAAUGCAAGCACGUGGGCUGUGACCGCAUCCUCGGCUCGGACACCAAGGAAGACAAAUGCCGCAUAUGUGGAGGAGAUGGAAGCACCUGUGAAACAAUUGAAGGGAUCUUCAACCAAUCGCUGCCUGACGGAGGCUAUGAAGAGGUGAUAUGGAUCCCCAAAGGAUCGGUGCAUAUCGACAUCCGGGAGCUCAAUCUUUCCUUGAACUAUCUUGCUCUAAGAGGGGAGAAUGAUGAAUAUUUUAUCAAUGGGAAACUCUCCAACGAUGCUUCUCGGCGCUUUGACAUUGCUGGCACCACGUUCCACUACAAGCGCUCACAGGGCGACCUGGAAUCUUUCGAGGCCUUGGGUCCAACUAACAUCACCCUCAUCGUCAUGGUCUUUGUGCGGGAAGAGCUGCAGAAGAUCCGAUAUAAGUUCAAUGCGCCCAUCGCUCGCCGUUCUGUGGCCCAGUACUUGUGGCAGUACGUCUCAUGGACAAAAUGUUCAGCCAUCUGUGCUGGAGGUAGCCAAGUUCAGACCGUUGUAUGCAGGAACCAGGCUGACAGUUCCACCGUCUUCAACCAUUUCUGCAGCCCGGAGACGAAGCUCCCGGAAAGGCAGAGACUGUGCAACACUGAGCCCUGUCCGCCGAGCUGGGUGAUCGGGAACUGGUCCAAGUGCAGCCGGAGCUGCAACCAGGGCGUGCGCACCCGGAGCGUCAGCUGCCGGCGCAAGGUCUCCACCGUGGAGGAGAGGGUUCUGGACGACACGUCCUGCAGCCUCCCGCGCCCGCCUGUGCUGGAGCCCUGCAACAACCAGACGUGUCCCCCGGAAUGGAUCGCCCUGGAUUGGUCGGAGUGCACCCCAAGCUGCGGGCCUGGCCUCCGCCACCGAAUCGUCCUUUGCAAAAGCGGUGACCACGGCACCACCUUGCCAGCCUCUGCAUGUCCGGAGAGCUCUAGGCCCCCCACCAGCAUAAGGUGCAGCCUCCGGCGCUGUCCACCCCCACGGUGGGUCACUGGUGAAUGGGGAGAGUGCUCUGGGCAGUGCAGCUUCGGGCAGCAAAGGCGCUUGGUCCAGUGCGUGACCCACACCGGGCAGCCCUCCAGCGAGUGCGUGGACACCCUGAAGCCGUUGCCGAUGCAGCAAUGUGAAAGCAAGUGUCACGCGGGGCCGACAGAAACUCCUGAAGAAUGCAAAGAUGUGAACAAAGUCGCUUAUUGCCCUUUGGUGCUGAAGUUUAAGUUCUGUAGCCGGACUUACUUCCGACAGAUGUGUUGCAAAACCUGCCAGGGGCAUUAGAACUCAGCGCUGAGAGAAAACUGGAAAGGCCCCGGAGGAGGGGCGGCCGGGCCACUUCCGAGAAGCCCCCCGCCGCCUUUUGCCCCACCAUCGCCAACGAGUUCAAGCAGGUGCCCUGAGCCACGCGACUCCCAGGACCCUGCUGACCACGUGCCCCCCCCGUUCCCUGGGAAGCCCAGUGGGGCCACUGCAGCGGGUGCCAGGGGAGGGGGCAGGAGCACUUUGUCCAUGGGCAGAGAUGGGGGCAUGGGUGCAGCGCAGCUGAGUGCAUUACUUGAAACUCUGACCUUAUUUAUUUUCAUAGCACAGCUGGGUACCACAAUCACCGGCUGGCUGCCCUCCCACUGGGGUACCCCCUUACCCCACAGGGAUGGGGGUGUCACCUGCACCCCACUGUGACUUUCCCCUAAAGGCAACACCUGGGAUUUCCCGUGGCACUGUUGCCAGCCAGCCUUUGACGGGACUGUGGAGGGGGAAAUGGUAAGGGAAUUCGGACUCAGGAGGGCAAGAGGGGACAGAAUGGAGCAUCCAAAGCCAGGCUCAGCCCCUGGGAUCUUUAGACAGAGCUCAGAAAGCCCUGGAGAGCGGCUGUUGAUUAGCAACAACCUCACAGAACCAAAUGCAGACCAGUGGUCUGACUGAAUGCAUAGGCACUUCCUAGGGUUCAAUUUCUGUCCACGGUUUAUCCAGAAACAUCAGCACCAACACUUGAUCUUUAGGGGGAAGGACCACAGCUGCAUGUAGAAGUUUCCAAGUCCUGCUUCUGGCAUGCCCAGGUAGGACUAGGGAAAAAGCCACUUCUGCAUUCCCAGGGAGGAACUAUAAGGAAGUCUAGGCAGUGCUUCAUCAUCCUCUCACAGUCUUUCGCAUCCCGACUGGAUUUCUUGCAUCCCUUGAGCACAGUUGAGCUUCUAGGUUCUCACAUGAGAAGAACCCAGUGGAUGGAUUCCUUCUGUUGAUCAAUUCCCGUGGAUCAAUUCCUGCAAAUCAUUAAGGGAGCAUUGGAAAUUAGCAGCCAAAAUUCAGCUUUGGUGUGGGAUAAGAAGAUGCUGCAUUUUAAUUCAAUGUUUUAAAAAUCGCUUUGCUGGUGCUGGGGCCAUCUCCCAAAUUCAGCUUUUUCAUAUUUCGGCACUGCACAUUUCCAUGGCCUGCCUGACUGGCCAGUGUUUGAAUGUGCAGUUUUCAAUAACAAAUUGUUGCUAUCCUUGCAAUAUAACAUCUCUAACUUUUUAAAAAAUUCUAAUUAAUCAGGUGGAAAUUUGGAAGGGUCGGUCUUGAUUCAGAUACGAUGUCAGGAUGUAUUGAGUUUUUAAUUUUGGGGAAGGGCUCCUUGAAGCAGCCUUCUGAGAAUGCCCUUGUGAAAAUCUUGGGUCAAAACGCUUUUGCAUCCCUGGGUGGGAGAGAAAUUAAUCCAGCACUUACCCAAUGAUGAACUUUUGAACCACUACAUGAACCCAAAUUCAGCUAUCCUUAGAAAUGUGCACUUCUCUGAAUUUUACAGUGCAGUUCUCAAUUUAAAAUCAGGACAGGAAUCCAUCUAUUAGGGUCUGAUCUGGUCAACCUGCAAGGAGACAGUGGUAAGCUCCAGCACCUUGGUGCUUUCUCCUGACGGCCAUUUUAAAGUAUGUGGCUUAAGUGCCAGGAAGGGGAGAGAAAGAGGCUGAGGGUCCCUGCCUCCUCCACUCCCCAGACCCCUGGCACUCCUUCCCACAGGAGGAAAAUUCCAUCCUGGAAGGGGGGCAGUUAGCACAGUUUUCCGGGGCAGCCUCCCAAUCCCAGCUCUGAAAGUUCCCCAUACAGCACCCAUUCCUCUCGCCUUCCCCCUGGAAUAUGUCUGGGAGAUGCUUGAAGUUGUGGGCACCAGGUUGGGGAAGCUUGGUCUAAACGUUCUAUGGAAUUUUGCUUAUCUUGACAGAACAUUUGUUGGUAUCACUUGAAAUUUCACCUGAGCGGGAACACCCAAAUCUGGGUCAGAUUUUUCCUUUCUAUGAGAUUUGGGAGCAGACCAGACACAAUUAUUCUUGAAUCCCUCCCCCCCCACCCAGAUGUUGUCCCAAAAAGAAAUGUAUCUUGCUCAAAUGUGCUUUCGACUUCAUAACAGGUGAAAUUUGGGCACCUGCAUUGACUUGUUGCUGCUUUUGUCAUCUCUCAGU